AUGCCGUGCGAACCUCGCAUUCACGCAUCAGCGCGUGCCAAAGUUUCCUGUACGCGUUGCCAUCGGCGCAAGAAGAGAUGUGAUCGUACCAUCCCCUGUUGUGGGAAUUGCGCAGCUGUCCAACAUUCUUGCAGUCUUGCAGAAGAGACUCAUGACAGCGCAACGUAUUCGGUCGCAUUUGUCCAAAGCCUUGAAGAGCGGAUACGCGAAUUGGAAGGACAGCAAGCCAUCCUGGCGUCACCCGGGGUACAUCAAGAUCCAGUGACUGAGUAUGCACCAGAAGGCUCUCUGCCUGAGAUCGGCGAGACCACCGGGCAUGAGGAUACCGCGAUGGAAGUCUUGAGACAAGACGCAGGCCUCCUCUUCGCUGACCAACACGUAUCGGAUCUCGUUUCCAAUGUCGACGCCGGUAUCGUGCCAUCACCAACUACAUCAGCAUCGCGGAAUGUCGACGAAACACUUCGCAAUCGUCCUCGUACAGCAGAGACCCUCGAUCAAAAUUUGAGAGACGUCUCCCUCGCAGCCGUGGCAGAGCCCUACUUGGGCACCAUUUCUGGGUUGACAUUCGCAAAGUUGACGCAAGCAGUGCUUCGUAGACUGUCCCCAGAUGGUAGGGAUUUCGUGUUCAGGACCAACAUAAACGGAAAUACAGUGCCUAUCGAAGGUGCUACGAAUCUGCACCUGGAUCUCAUCAGCAGCAUGUAUUUUGAUUACGAUCAAGCAAUUGACUUCUCUCUCAUCGCGGAAGAGAGCACGAUACCUCUGUUCGAUAUUCCGACUCAGAGGGAAAUGAUCAAACUUCCCACUCGGACUGAGGUCCUGCGUCUGGCGACGUUCUACUUCGAUCAUUCUCACACUUUGUAUCCCAUCGUCCACCAGCAAGAAGUCAUGUCAGACAUUUAUUUAGUCUUGCAAAGUCCCGACCACCAGCUCACGAUGUCUCCACCGUGCUUGUUUCGCGUCUGGAUGGUCUUGGCCAUUGGUUCCACUACACAUUCUUCAAUCGCGUUGACAGAAGAAUCUGUGUCACAAUUAUACUAUGAGAAGGCCAUGACAUAUUUUGAUGCGUCUAUGGACCACGGUGAUAUAAUUGCAUUAGAAGUUAUCAUGCUUCAAGUAUCGUUUUCCUUCUUCAAUCAAUCGGGUCCAAACACCUGGUUUCUUGUAGGUACCGCUGCACGCUUAGCCCUUGGUAUGGGUCUUCAUUGCGAGUCGACCUACCAAUCUUUGUCGAAUGCUCAAGCUAUAAGGCGUAAGCGAUUAUUCUUCUCGAUAUACAUGAUGGACAGGUUGGUCUCCAUCACUCUCGGUAGACCAUUUGCCAUUCACGAGGAUGACGUUGACAUUUCGCACUUCGCUAUCGAAGCAUGCGAGGAGUUGGAUCACAGUCCCUCUGCUCCUUCCAGUACUCUGUGCAAACCACCACUCACCGUCACUGAGCAUAUUUUACGACUGCGAAAGAUUGCUAAUGACAUCGCCACGAAAGUAUACUGUAAGCGCGUGGUUUCACGUUAUUCAGCAAUAGAGCGGCAGCAGACCUUGGAGGCACUCCACAAAGAUCUGGUACAAUGGCGACAAAGCGUCCCAUUCCCAUUGCCGAACUUACAUACCAAGGUACCACAUGGAUGUACGAGCUGGUACGACCUCAAUUUCUACACACAUCUCACAGCACUUUAUCGUCCAUCGCCUCUUUUCCCAACACUAGACAUCGACAGAAUCAACCUCCUCACGGAAGCGGCAGCCAUGGCUAUACGCCAUGCAAACAGUAUGCGCUUACAAAAGCGUCUAGCUUUCAACUGGUUGACUCUGCUCACGAUAUACAACGCGGUUAUAGCUCUUGUGUAUUCCGUAACAGUACGUCCGGAAAAUCUUGCUACUUCGCAAGAGUGUAUGCGUGCAGUAGAAGAUCUAGAGCUAGCGGCUGAGCUGUUCACCGUCCUGGCCGUGAAGUUUCCCGCCUCGAGAACAAUUGGUGCAAUGGUGGCACAGAUCAUCGAUCGCUACAGACUACUGGGCGCUGGUCCGCCAACUUGA